AAACUAACCAACUCAUUUCGUAGCAGAUCUAUGUUAUAUUAAUUAACAAGAGUUAUAACUAUGGUUUUUGAAGCAUGGCGUACAAAUGGCGGGCCCACCCAACACCCAGCAAUGCCGACCGCUGUUACUUCUGAUGUGUUGGAGAUUGGUUUCGUGUUCGCAUUCUGCAUUCUUGCGUUUUCAUUCGUUCUCAUAAUACCCGGCUACAAAGGAAUAUCUCGAUUGUAUUUCCUUCUGCGUGUCGUGAUCAGUUUGUUCAUUGGUGCUUCAAUAUUUCUGGGAGUUUUGGGGCAAGAUUGGGAGAGCGCCGAAAUCCAGACGAAAACUGCUUACAAGGCGUUCACAAACACAGAGAUCCACGCUAAAGUUGGAAUGAGGAUCGGGCUCGGUUCGGUGAACGUAACGCUCAAAGGAACGCCAGUCUAUCAAACGGUUGGACACAGCGACAGCGUCAACUUCACUGAACGCAUCGACUACAACGAAAGGUUCCACUGGGCAUGGAGACAGGGUCGCAUUGGAUUUGGACCAUAUUCUGGUCGAAUAAACCAAGAAUUUCGAGAUGCUCAGUACAGGGGAGUCCCCCUGCCAAUACAAUGGGUCGCCGAGUAUUUCACAUUGGACGGUGAGUUAAUACGAUGGGGAAGAUCUUACCGUACUGCUGGCUGGUUUGCGAACGAAGUUUUAUGGACGGCCGUACCAGUAUGGUUGAUAGCUAAUAUCUUAUCUGGUGUUGUUUUAUUCUAUGCUGGCUGCAUGUUCAUGUUAACCUCAGUGUUCAUGUUUGUAAGUUUGAUAAUAUGGUCCACUAUCAAAUGGGGUUACCAACCACUAAGCAUCCCGUUUGAGGACGAUGUUCUCCACACACAUUAUGGGGCAAGUUUCUGGUUGGUUAUGAGUGGAGGAAUUGUGUCUUUCUUAUACGGGGCGAUUAUAGUGGGGGCGGAUUGGUUUGUACCGCAACUAAUAGCUGAUUUCUUUGGAACCGAUGUUUUGCAAGAUAAUGAACAGUUUUACCACAAAAAGGAGGAAGAAGCGGUCCAACCAUUAGAUAUUGAAAAUAAAGGAUCUCAACACCAGACGGUAGGAGGCGUACAAAGACGGCUUGCCACAAACAUCUCGAGCACGGCCGACCGCAUGGCGCGUGGUUGGGCGAGCCGGAGACGCAAAUCUCGCGCUACAUUGAAAAAGGAUCUGCAUUUAGACAACGAAGAUUCUGAACGUAAUGGAGGCGUAUACAGCAACCCAGCUUUCGAGGAAGAAGCGUCUCACGUCCCUAGACGAAGCGUAGGGUUCUCAGAUGUUGUGCUUCGUGUUGUAAAGCCACCUGCGGAAAAUUCCAAUGAACCAGAUUACGAUCUGGCUGAAGAUAUACCGACACCUAGCGGUGGGAUUAUGUACGAGAAUAAGGCGUAUGAGGACGCUGCGGAGUUGAAUGGAAACGAGGUCGGUAAUAACAACACAUCUGUAGAUAAUACCGAGAACUUCAUCAACAGCACAGCAAUGUAGAUGGGGAAUUUAAGACAAAAUCGGAGACUUAAUAAAACAAACCUAGCAAAUCGACUUUCAUUUAUAGGAACACAAUAAGAUUUAUAAAGCGACUCAUAAUUUUUACCAUGGUCUUUAUAUUAUAGUUACAACAAACUAAACCCAGUUCCAUACAACACAGUGUGCAUGUGAUUGUUCGACCAAUAGAAAUACUUUUCCAUCAAUACCACACGCAGCUGUUAUAACGGCAGAUGUUGCUUAGUAUAAUCCUACUUAACUGCAUGCCAUUGUUAGCUGCGUAUUAUACGACCUUGGGCGACAAUUGUUACUGAUUGAUCCGCCGAAAGUAGGUCGUAACGAUCCAGCUGUUUCAUACCGGGACCCGGUUUCAUGUUUCCCAAAUUAAAAAUUGAUUUUUAGAUCAAUGUAAUUAACGAAUACCAUAUGUUGAAUGUACAACAUGCACCUUUAUAACAAGCAUGUAUAAACCUGACGCACUUCUUUGUCUUUGUAUAAACUGCCUUAUGCGCUAUCAACGCACUUAACAUUAGUAGUCUUUUGUACAGUUCAUAUACUCGACCAUUAUAACCUUUGUUUGGCUUGCAGUUAUGCAAAACAAUUUUGUAUAAAUAAACUUUGUGAGUUGAUGAAACUUUACAAUAAU